AUUGUAAAGAACCAUAUAACAUAUCUUGCGAAGCAGCGCGAUCGUCAGCCACAAGUACACAUCAACAUGACUUCUAAAAUAGUAUCCGCAAUGAACAGCAAAGCCAUCAAUAAUCCCGUUCAGAAAUCCCCGAUUCAAGAAAAGCACUCAAUUUUCGGCACACAGAUUGAUGGCACGUUCGAAGGCAUGGAGGAGUUCCAGGUUGGCAUGGGCUGCUUCUGGGGCGCUGAACAGAGGUACUGGGGACAGUCGGGCGUAGUACACACAGCAGUGGGUUAUUCAGGUGGCCAUACAGAGAACUCUACGAACGGAGAGGCUAGCGAUGUAGAGACAGGACGCGCAGAGUGUGUACGAGUAGUAUAUGACCCCAAGAAAACCGAUUUUCAGUCAUUGUUGAAAGUGUUCUGGGAAUCACACGACCCCACACAGCAGAACAGACAGGGAAAUGAUGUAGGAACGCAGUACAGAUCGGCUCUCUAUUUGGAAACGGACGAGCAGUAUCAAAUUGCCAAGAAGUCAAGAGAUACUUAUAAAGAGGCCCUAACACAGGCAGGCAAGGGUCAUAUCUCUACUGAUUUAAGGGAGGGACCUGCACCCAAAUUUUUCUAUGCAGAGGACUUUCAUCAACAGUAUUUGGACAAGAACAGUGGUGGCUCUUGUAGUCUGAAGGGUACAGGUGUACAAUGUGCGCGAGGAGAAUAAUUCGACAGAUAAAAUAAAUAAAUGCUA